GCACGUGCCGGUGUUUACGUCCCUCGUGGAGCCGCCGACGUCAGCAGCCGAAUGCUAACAUUGUGGCGAUACCGAAGCUCAGAGUUGAGGAGACGCGUCCAUCCGUCAGACAGCUCCGCGCGGUCGGGAAGAGGAGGAGGCGGGGAGAUCGGCCCGGGCGAGCGGAGGAGACGCACACACCGCCGGCCCCCACCGCCCGCCGGCCUUUCCGGCCGCGCGGGACCCGCGUCUUACCUCCUGGGCGCCGCAGACGCAGCACCGCGGCCUCGCGCGGUGGGCGGGCGGGCGCGGGGUGCUGCCACAGCGCGGGGCUUGUAAACAGAUCCGGCUGCACGUGACCAUGUGAACUACCUGCUCCAGGGACGCGCAUUGUCUGUCUCUCCCGCGAGCCGGUCCACAAAGGAGCGCGGCGGGUCCGAGUGCGGGGAGGACGGGCGGCCAAGCGAGGAGAGCCGGCUGGGACGCUAAGAUGGCUGAAGGCGCCCGGCGAGGGUGAGCGGGGGGCGCGGCGCAGCCAGCCGGUGAGUCCUCGGGCGGGCAGGAGCAGCGUCGCCUCCCCCGCGGCCUGGCGCCGGAGCCACCAUGUCGUUCGCGCUGGAGGAGACGCUCGAAUCGGACUGGGUGGCUGUGCGGCCCCAUGUGUUCGACGAGCGCGAGAAGCACAAGUUCGUCUUUAUUGUGGCCUGGAACGAGAUCGAGGGCAAGUUUGCCAUAACCUGCCACAACCGGACGGCCCAGAGGCAGAGGAGCGGCUCCCGGGAGCCGGCGGGGACGCGAGGGGGCGCCGAGUCUGGUGCUGCCGCGUCCGACGGGACUCGCGGGCCGGGCAGCCCCGCGGGCAAGGGGCGGCCGGAGGCCACUGCCUCUGCGACUCCGGGGAGGAGCCCGGGGCCCCGGAGGAGCCCGGCCUGGGCGGAGAGCGGCUCUCCGCGGAGUACGCGCAACCUUCGGGGGGAUUCGCUGCUGCGGAGUUCAGCCGCCAAAGGGGCGGAGAGCCCUCUCGGGAGCCCCGUGCGGACCAAGCCCACGCCGGUCCGGAAGGGAUCGGAAGGCAGAGAUGUGGCGGGGGCCGCCGCUGCGGCAGUCCCACCGGCGCCCAAGGAGGUCCCCGUGUCCUCGGUGCGGGUAGUGAGCGCCUGCGGGGCCGUCUCCGAGGAGAUCGAGGUGCUGGAAAUGGUGAGGGAGGACGAAGCGGCCCCGGCGUCCCUGGCGCUCUCCGACCCGGAGCAACCGGCUACCGAACUAGAGUCCGCGGCGGAGGAGUGCAGCUGGGCCGGGCUCUUCUCCUUCCAGGACCUGCGCGCGGUGCACCAGCAGCUGUGCUCGGUGAACUCGCAGCUGGAGCCGUGCCUGCCGGUCUUCCCCGAGGAGCCCUCGGGUAUGUGGACCGUGCUGUUUGGGGGCGCCCCGGAGAUGACGGAGCAGGAGAUCGACACUCUGUGUUACCAGCUCCAGGUCUACCUGGGCCACGGCCUGGACACCUGCGGUUGGAAGAUCCUCUCCCAGGUACUGUUCACUGAGACCGACGACCCCGAGGAGUAUUACGAAAGCCUCAGCGAGCUGCGGCAGAAGGGCUACGAAGAAGUGCUCCAGCGCGCCAGGAAGCGCAUCCAGGAGCUCUUGGAUAAGCACAAGAAUACAGAGAGCAUGGUGGAGCUUCUGAACUUGUAUCAGAUGGAGGAUGAAGCCUACAGCAGCCUUGCAGAAGCCACAACUGAACUCUAUCAGUAUUUACUACAGCCAUUCCGAGACAUGAGAGAACUUGCCAUGCUACGAAGACAGCAGAUCAAGAUUUCCAUGGAGAAUGAUUAUCUGGGUCCCCGAAGAAUUGAAAGUUUACAAAAAGAAGAUGCUGAUUGGCAGCGGAAAGCUCACAUGGCUGUGCUCUCUAUUCAAGAUCUUACUGUCAAAUAUUUUGAAAUAACAGCUAAAGCUCAAAAAGCUGUGUACGAUCGAAUGCGAGCAGAUCAGAAGAAAUUUGGUAAAGCAUCUUGGGCAGCAGCCGCUGAACGUAUGGAGAAACUCCAGUAUGCAGUUUCUAAGGAGACGCUGCAGAUGAUGCGCGCUAAAGAGAUCUGUUUGGAACAGAGGAAACAUGCACUAAAAGAAGAGAUGCAGAGUUUGCAGGGUGGUACAGAAGCCAUAGCCCGAUUGGAUCAGUUAGAAGCUGAUUAUUAUGAUCUGCAACUUCAGUUGUAUGAAGUACAGUUUGAAAUCUUGAAGUGUGAAGAGUUAUUGUUGACAGCACAACUAGAAAGCAUCAAAAGACUUAUAUCUGAAAAGAGAGAUGAAGUGGUGUACUAUGACACUUAUGAAAGCAUGGAGGCCAUGCUGGAGAAGGAAGAGAUGGCAGCAUCGGUGCAUUUACAGAGAGAAGAGCUGCAUAAACUUCAGCAGAAAGCACGCCAGCUGGAAGCAAGACGUGGACGGGUUUCAGCCAAGAAAGCCUACCUCAGAAAUAAAAAGGAAAUUUGUAUUGCAAAACACAAUGAAAAAUUCCAUCAGCACCUUCAGAGUGAAGAGAACUACAGAACCCAUCACACAGUACAACUAAAGAGAGAGAAAUUACAUGAUGAAGAAGAAAGAAAAAGUGCUUGGGUUAGCCAAGAAAGACAGAGAACACUGGAUAGACUUCGAACUUUUAAACAGAGGUACCCUGGCCAAGUUAUAUUUAAGUCAAGCAGAUUGCGACUGGCUCAUGCAAGAAAAAGUGCCGCUAGUCCUGUGCCCUGCGAGGACCAAUGCAACUCUCUGCCAGGAGCACUGCAGAUAGAAGAGAAAAGUGAAGAGGUGCAGAAAGGAAGAGGCAAGCUUGGGUCAUCACAGACAGCAGAAGCCCAAAGCUUCAUACAACUUGAAGAUACUUCAUUAGUGCAACUUGAAGCCACUUCAUUACCUCUCAGUGGUGUUACCUCGGAACUGUGCCCCACUGUUUCUCUUUCACUUUUGAAUAAUAUUGACCUUGAACCAGGUUCUGUUACCACAGAUCCACUCCCACCACCUCUUCCUCCAACACCACCUCCCCCACCACCCCCUCCUCCCCCACCCCCACCGCCACCACCUCUGCCUGUUGCUAAGGACAACAUCCCAGAGACACUGGAGAAAGGUCUGCCUAGAGUGGAGGGGAACGAGAAGAGGAUCCCUAAAUCUGCAAGUGCCCCUUCAGCACAUCUCUUUGAUAGCAGCCAGCUGGUCAGUGCCAGGAAGAAGCUCAAAAAGACUGCUGAAGGUUUGCAGAGAAGGAGAGUGAGCUCACCCAUGGAUGAGGUGUUAGCUUCCUUGAAACGUGGUAGUUUUCAUCUGAAAAAGGUUGAACAACGAACUCUGCCUCCUUUUCCUGAUGAAGAUGAUAGUAAUAAUAUCUUGGCACAAAUAAGGAAGGGGGUAAAAUUGAAGAAAGUACAGAAGGAAGUUUUGAGAGAAUCCUUCACGCUUCUGCCUGACACAGACCCUCUCACACGGAGCAUCCAUGAAGCUCUUAGGAGAAUCAAAGAAGCAUCCCCUGAGUCUGAGGAUGAAGAGGAGGCCUUGCCUUGCACAGAAUGGGAAAACUAACAAGUGACUCACGAAAAAGAAAAAAAUACCUGCAGUUGAAGACCGAUUCAUAUUCUUUUGAAAAACAAAUUUUAAACACUUGGUUCCAGAAUUGGAUUCCAUUAGACCCAAAGUGUAUUGGCUCAGUGGUGUGAAAUAAGGAAGCACAAUUGGCAAGUUUUCACUUUUUCAGUCAUUCCAAUAGAUGGUGGUUAACAUGAGUUUUAGAUGUGCAAUGUUUCUGACUAUAGUGAAGAAGAGGCCUUCAAAGAGAUUCCCAUUUUUUUACCAUCUUCCCCUCCUGUCCACCCACUUACAUACUUAUAGUGGCCAGUAAAGCUAGGGGUUGCUAUGAGUUGGAAGAGCACUGGGUGGACAGAGGUCUCCUGUGAGCUGUAUUGGGACUGCUUUGAAAUCUAUUGUUCAGUGCACUGAAUAGUCAUCUGCUUGAAAAUUACAGAGCUUCUCCCAUAUCAGCUUAUAUAAAUAGUGUGACACUCUGAAAAAGAAGUUUAUCAUGAUAGCCAUUGGGACAGGAAUUGAAAGAAAAUCAGAUGAUGAAAAUUUCCACAUUAUCUCCAAAGGAAUUUUCAUAAAGAUGUUGAACAAUAUCUGGAAAGAUACAAAACUAUGGAGAUACAUCUAUUAAUGUGUUUACCACAAUAUGAUACAUUUAACAUGGCAUAUUUUUAGAAGACCACACACUCUUACACUUUGUAAGUUUUUGAAGUAAAAUUUCCAUGCUUUUAAAUAGCUCUUCAUAAUUGUGAAUUUAUAAUAGUUUGAAUAUUAUGUGCAGCUUUGUUUAUGAGAAGCAAUACUUUGUAAUUUGAUAAUAUUUCAAAUUAUUUUUGGUCUUUUUGUUUGAACUAUUGCUUGAUUACUGUAAUUCAACAUGACUUCCCUAUUGAGAAUCAAAAAUCAGGAUUCUAUAAUAGGAAUGCAGAUCUUAAGUCUUUUUAUCAUGUACCAUUUAAGUUUUUAUUUUUAUGCUCCACAGUGGAAAAAAAGUGCUCUACAGAUAUGCAGAAAAAAUUAGACAAGCAGAAAAGCCUCUUUAGCUGGCAUUUCACAUGCUUUGAGUGGAGUUUUUGGAUAGAGUCUUUGUUAUUGUCACUAAAUUAAAGAUGUAUGUAGCUCUAGGUGCCUGUUUUGCUGUAAUGGAGUCCUGAAGGAUGCGUUUAUAUGAAUGGAGCCAUUAUGUGUUCUCAGCUGGACUGCUGUGGGCUUAAAUGAAGGUAGAUAUGUUGGACUCAGUACAGUACUCUGUAGAGUAUAAGACAGAUCUUGGCCUUUAUAUGCAGGGAGGACCGAAGUACCAAAAAAGACUUUUAUUUCUUAUGAGGCAAUUAUCUGACCUAGACUCAGAAAGCAGUCCCAGUGUAAAAGCCCUCCAAUGAAUCGAUAUUCCGGAGGAAAAAGAAAUGCUCGCUCCUUUGUCACAUUAAAGUGGUAUUCCUUGAGAGCAAUUAUGGAGAAAAUAUUCUGACAUCAGGUCAUGUAAAACAAAAUGUUUCUGCUUAAAUGUUGGUAAUAUGUUUCACAAUACAUUGGUUUAUUCUAGCACUGUUUUCACAUCUUGUCUGGGAAGAUUGAAAAUAUAGAUCUAAUAUAGAAACUAAUCUUCAUCCCAUGAUGGUGAGUGGGGGAGAUUUUUUCCUGUCUACAUCCAUAAGGCAUUGAAGCAUGCUUCCUAACCCAAAGAAUGAUUGGUUUGAUAAUGUAUUUUUUUUUUAAGAAGUUUCAGUAAAUUUACAAAUCAUAAAAAAAAAAAAUCACAUUUCAAUGUUAUGCCUUUGGAUGCUUGUUUUGUUUUUCAUUCAUUGACAUUUAGAAAAAUACAGGAGAAUGCAAUGUUAAAUUAACAGCAAAAGCACUAGAACUCUCAUAUGUCUAGAGAGAACUGCUACCCAUUUGGUGUUCCAGCUGCGAUUCCAAGGGUCCUGUGAUCUCCAUGAAGGUUAUCUCACACUUGAAGACGAGUAGGUUAGAGCAGCCAGCUAUGCUCAUUCUCUGGUAAAUAACUUUAACACACUCACUUCCCUUAGAGAUUCAGAUUCCUACUUCCACAGAAUUGCAUGUUACUGUAGGUCAUCAACCUUUAAGAGUUCUCACAAAUAAUAUUAAAAUUUAAAAUAACUACCAUCGACUUGUCUAUUAAGAUGAGUUGACCAAUUGAGUCCUCAUUUUAAUUUUAAAGCAAUUUUAGACCCCAACAGGAAUUAUGUUGACAUGGUUAAAUUCUUUUUUUUCUUGCCCCAGUAAGAUGAGCACCUUGGGCCUUAGUAUUUCAUUUGUAUAUAUUUUAGUUAUGGUGGUACUUAUAGAUCACGUUUCCACUUCCAAACUUGCCUACACUGUUUAUAUGGUUUAAAAUAUUUGACAGCUAUAUUUCUGUUAAUGUAUCAUUGCCAUAUAUAAGAAUCUGCAAACAACUGCUUGCUUAUGCUGAAUCAGUUUAGAAGUUAAUUUACUAAUCUGGCCUCAACUACUAUAUAUUUAAAAUAGGGAAACAAGCAGGUGGUGAUCUGGGGGAUGUUUUGAGGACAGUAUUACUUACUGCUCACUUAAAUGUCAAUGUUAACUAUUUCUUCUAAUGCAACUAAAAUUAUGUGUAUAUAACCAAUGUGGAAUGUAUAGAAAAGGUAUUCCUAAUGAUUUAAAAUCCCAAUGGUACUAUAUUGUAGCAAUAUGAAGAAAUGCCUGGCUAAAAAAGAUUUUUAAAAGAUGAGCAACUGUCUUGUUUACUUGAUGUGUAUUUUAUAGGCUUAUUGAGUUUGUGAGCAGCAUAAAAGCAAUCAUUCCUUAAUUCUUUAUUGUGAAACUUAAACAUUUCUAUAAAAUGCAUUUUCAAAUAGACUUUUAGACAUGACUAUGACAUUUGAUCAGGUGUAGUAUUUCCAUAGUGGGACUGUGGGGCUUUUCUAUAAAACCAUAGAAAAAUUUCAGCACUUUCAUGUAACUAGAGGCCCGGUGCAUGAGAUUCAUGCACUUGGGGGCGUCCUUCAGCCUGGCCUGCGCCCUCUUACAGUCCAGGAGCCUUCAGGGGAUGACCAACUGACAGCUUAGGUCUACUUCGUGCGGAGCGGGCCUAAGCAGGCAGUCGGACAUCCUUAGUGCUGCUGCGGAGGCAGGAGAGGCUCCCGCCACCGCCACUGUGCUCGCCAACCGUGAGCCCAGCUUCUGGGCUUCUGGCUGAGUGGCGCUCCCCCUGUGGGAGUGCACUGACCACCAGGGAGCAGCUCCUGCAUUGAGCGUCUGCCCCCUGGUGGUCAGUGUGCAUCAUAGCAACCAGACGUUCUGCCAUUCAGUCAAUUUGCAUAUAAUCCUUUUAUUAUAUAGGAUGGGGAGGGGGCCUUGGUUUCUACAAAGCUGAACUAUGUAGCAAUAUUUGGUAACAUGGCGUGACCACUUUUGUGAAGCAUACUUUGGCCAUAGCAGACACUAAGAAUGGAAAUUCUUUUAUUAGUGGAACAAAAAUAAAUGGGGGGAACAUUCUCUCUGUUUGGGAUGGGACCAGUAUACAAUUAACACAAUUUAACUUUAUACAUUCCCUGAGACUCCAUUUUUAAUUACAUUCACUGAGAAUGUAAUGCUUUUAGCCUAAGAAAAGUUUUUUCUUUCACUAAAUACAAGGGUUUUUUUAAUCUUUAUAAUUUAUUAUGCACUUAACAUCAGAUGCCAACAUGUAAAGUACUAAUGGGUCCUUAAAGGCCUUAUCAGGGAGUUGAAAUUUCAUAUACUUUACCAGGUUAUUUGUAAAAAAAAAUUUUGAACAGAUGUAAAACAUUUAAAAACUGUGGCAGACUCAUUGUUAACGUGCAACCAUUAUAUAGUGAAAGCAGAAACCUUAAGUUUUGCCUAAUUUUUGCACUGAAUUUAAAUAAUAUAAAGUUAAAUGUGCAUUUUAAACAGAUUUUAUUCCCCGUUUACUACUUAGCAUAGAAGAACUAUGCUUCAGGUAGAGGACUGACCAGCAGGACUUACUUCCAAUGGCAGAGAGGGCAGGAAGUAGAGCACCUUACUGUGGGAGCGCGCUGCAUUUAUGAAGCUACUGACAGUUCAGUGGUGUGUCUGAUCUUCACUGCAGAGUGCUCUGUAGUUAAAGCACAUUUAAAAAAUCUCUGCUCAGUUGCUUUGUAAAAUGAAGCAAUGGUAUUUUUUAUCCUAUAAAUAUAGGCUAAUCUAAAAGUUUUCCUACAAAAAAUGAGUUUAUAUUGCUGCCUAAACUAUCAUGUAUGUAAACAGAGGCUUUUUAAAGGUAAGAGGGAGUCUGGAUUGUGUGUGUUAAAUGUUUGUCCACUGAAUUAUUUCGAAGAUGUAUUCAUUUGGAAAUGUUCUCUUUUGCCCAUAGUAAAUGUAUAGCUUGGCAUUUGAGGAAUUUAAUUGAAUUCCAAAUUUAUAAAUGUUUCUCCCCUUCUCCAUGCAUUUAUUAUCACACUGUAAGGUGCAUGUACAGAAAAUACCUCUGAGAUUGACAUAUUAAAUAUUUUAUCAAUGUUAUUUCACACUGAAUCUCAAACAUUUGUUUUGAGGGUUAGGGGAAAGUUUUUGUGUGUUUUUUAAAGUCAGGUUAUAAUUAAGAUUGGUUCAUUUUGGGGAGUUAAGGAAGGACCAUGGAAAAUGAUAUUUAGACAUGUACAAAAGGUAUAGGUAUUGGUUAUAGAGUUCAGUUUUAACAAGCGAAGUUUUGGUGUUUUGGUGUUUUUUUUAAACUUGCAUGUUCUAUGGUUAACUAUCAAAGAGUAUAUAACAAGUUAUUCUAGCUUUUCCCAAUACUAAUUAAAUUGGUUUUAAGAAGUCUCCAUAAUCACAAGGUGGCAUUUUCCCUUCAACGGUUAACCAAAAGGAAUAGCCAAUAUAACCCAUGUAGUGACUUCUGACUUCUUCAACGUGGACAGAAUCCCCUGUGUCACUGAAUUUCUCGUCGUACUGUAUGUAUUGCCAAGGUUGAAACCAUAAUAUGUAGUUUAUGAAAAUUGAAGGCCACAGGUCAUUUUGCGUGAGUAAAGCCCAUUAGGACUAAUGAAACUGACAUGUUUUUAGCCUUUCCAGUCAAAUGAGAAUUUUAAUAGCAAACUGAUUCACCAUUUACUAGCUUUGUGCAAUAUUAUAAUGGUAGAAGCAAAACACUAGCACAUUGUGCUUGGCUUUUAAGGAUGGCUUUAACAGCAUCACAUCACAUGGGCAGUGUGCACAGUGUAUUGUAAAUGCCAACUCUUGCAAAUUUACAAUACUUAAGUAUGCUAAAUUAACAUCCUAAAGUAUUAAAAGUACAAAGAAAAAACUACGCAAGCAUUUAUAGCAAUAUUCUGAAAUCUCCAAUAAUUGUUUUGACUGUUGCCUUUGACUCUUUAGUGCAACUUUUCUGCAUUGUAAUUAUUGUAUUGCUUUGUAUUUCAUGUUUUUUACACUCAUGACUUCAGAGUUAAGUACUUGUACACCAAGUAUUGCAAUCACCUUUCUCUUCUUGUACAUGCAAUGUAACAACAUACAGUUUUGGUGCUUAACAAUAUUCCAUUUUUUCUUUAAUAAAAUAUAUUUAUUGCAUU